AUCCGCGCCAACAAGCUUGAAGGGGAUCAUUACAGCAGAGCAUCAACCAAACGCGCUCAAGCCUGAACGAUCAACACGUGUCGCUCCUCGAAAAUAAGUACCUGGAGCCACACAAGGAUACUCCAGAAGCAUUGCGCCGAUAAAAAGCCACUCAAAAAGGACCUCCCUCGGCCAAAAUUAUGGCGGACAGCGGUGAGGCUCAAGCCAAUGAGCCUUUUGGCUUGGUGAGGCUUCUGUUGGACGAGGUUGUGUUUGUCAAGCUUCGAGGAGACAGAGAGCUCAAGGGCCGUUUGCAUGCAUACGAUUCUCAUUGCAACUUGGUCCUCGGUGAUGUCGAAGAAACACAUUACAUUCAGGACGAGGACGAUGAGUCGGAACUGAAGACUGUGUCACGAAAGCUUGAGAUGUUAUUCGUGAGAGGAGACAGUGUUGUCAUGAUAUCACCAUCAGACCAGGUAGCAGCAUGAACAGCCAGCCCCUGGCAUAUCUUCAAAUCAUCAGGCGUCAUGGCUAGACAUCUGAGGUUAUCGUGCCGUGCAUCCAAGCGGGGGAACAUGAUGCACGAAAGCUUCGGGCACCUGAUCGAUGCGGUCUGUCGGCUGCGAAUUGUGGCCACGGGCGAGGUGACAUCCGGUCCCUACGGCGUUUGACCAUGUGUCCGAGACCGAAUGAUGGCUUUGUCAGCCUGAUCCUAAUUCGAGGCUCUAGAGAAAAAAUAGAGCAAAUCGUUGUUGACCAUGACGACAGGGUGGAAAAAAAAAACCCAUCAUCACGCAUCUUUUUUUUUCUCAUUAAUACCACAUGUCGCC